AUGCUCGACAUCGAACGCCGCAGUGUAGCCUAUAUCUGGGACACGUUUUGUACCCGCGGUACCCUGACGUCCAACAAGUGCGCCAAGGUUGGUCCGAAGCCCAAGUACUCACCCGACGACAUCCGGAACCUCGUACGUGAUGUUCCCAUGGACCAGCGAUCGACCACGAGAGACAUCUCCGCUGCCACUGGUCUCUCCAUGGGUACACUCAGCCGCCACCUGAAGAUGGGAAUCUUCGUUCGUCGGUCGACUCGAAUCAAGCCGCUCCUCACGGACGCUAACAAGGCAGAACGCACUGCAUUCUAUGGGAUGUGGUCCAUUUGGACGAAAAGUGGUUCAAUGCCGACAAAGAUCGCCGCAAGGUGUACCUGGUUCCCGGCGAGACCCCUCCGCAGCGCCGAAUGUCCACUGCGCUCCUCCGUCCUGCAUGUCCUCCACACCCUCCGUGCCCCAGCCAACUACCAGCCAUUUUGGACCAAGUACCCUUACUCCCUCCACCUUGCGCCGACCUCCGCGGCUGACCAGCGUGCCUAG